GUCACUCAACGCAUCUAAUACCUAGCUUCCGGAAUAGACAUGUCCAAGGCCAAAGGCAAGAAGAAAGAACGCUUUGAUGAGGAGGAGGAGCAGCCAGAGAAAGUUAGCGUCAGUGAAAAGAAACAUGAAAAAGGUAAAAAGGGUAAAAAGGGAAAACGCGGUGGCGGCGGUGACUCAAGUGAUAAUGAAUCCCUUGCUGCCAGUAAAUUGUCUAUUAACGAUGCGGACGAUAUUGAAAGCUUAAAGUCUUCGCAAGGCAAGCAGCAGCAGAAGAAGGCUGCUAAAAAGGGGAAGAAAGGCAAGAAGAAUGACGAUUGGAGUGAUGAUGAGAAACCAGUGAAGUCAAUACCAACGCUCGACGCCGAUGGCUCUGACGAGGAUGCACCGGCUGUUGCUAAGCCAGCUUCCAAGAAGCAACAGCAGCAGCAGCAAAGCAAGAAGAGCAAAAAGAACAACAAAAAGAAGGGAAAUGAUGGCUUUAGCGAUGAUGAUGGCGACGACAAUCAGGAUGCUGAAAUUGCGGAAGACGAUGAGGAAGAGGCGACGGUAACAAUAGCCAAACCGGCAGCCAAAAAAUCGAAAAAGAAGCAAAAGCAACAGAAGAACAAAUUCGCAAUGAGCGAUGAUGAAGACGAUGUGGAUGAGAAAGAGGACGCCGAGGACGAUCUGGAUAAUGAGCCAGAAGUUAAGAUGGUCAAGCCAGCAGCAAAGAAAUCCAAGAGCCAGAAGAAAAACAAAUUCGAACUGAGCGACAAAGACGACGAGGAUGACGAUGACGACGUCAGCCCUGCUAGUCAGGCGAGCGCCGUUGAGGAGUCAAAGUCUAAGCCAGCAUCAGAUGCGAAGCUAAGCGAGAAGAUUGCUGCACUCAAGCUUGCGGAAGCUGUGACAGAACGACAAGUGCCAGUCGAAACUGAGGCGCAGCCUGAAGAGGCAGCGAUUACGCCCAAGUCGGAGGAAUCAUCGGAGGCAUUUGGCGAAUCCAAGGACAAGGAGAAGAAAAUGUCACACAAGGAGAAAAAGAAGCAUAAGAAACAACAGGAAUACGAACGCCAAAUGGAGUUGAUGACGAAAAAGGGCGGCGCCGGUGCCUCGGAUUUGGAUAACAACUUCACCAUGUCCCAGGUGCAGAAGAGCGCCGGACAGCAGGCGGCCCUUGAGCAUGCAGUCGACAUCAAAAUCGAGAAUUUCACGAUAUCGGCAAAAGGAAACGAUUUGUUUGUGAAUGCCAAUCUGCUGAUCGCUCAUGGUCGUCGCUACGGUCUGGUGGGUCCCAAUGGACACGGCAAGACGACGCUGCUCCGACACAUUGCCUCACGGGCGUUCGCCAUACCGCCAAACAUCGAUGUGCUGCUCUGCGAGCAGGAGGUGGUGGCCACCGACAAGACAGCCAUUGCUACCAUACUGGAGGCCGAUGUGAAGCGCACGAAGAUGCUGCAGAAGGCCGAUGAGCUGGAAAAGCAAUUUGCCGCUGGAGAUAUGACCGUCCAGGAGGAGCUGAACGACACAUUUGCCGAACUGAAAGCAAUGGGCGCCUACUCGGCAGAGGCAAGGGCCCGUCGUAUCCUGGCUGGUCUGGGCUUUAGCAAGGAGAUGCAAGAUCGACCCACAAACAAAUUCUCUGGCGGUUGGCGAAUGCGUGUCUCACUCGCUCGUGCUCUGUACUUGGAGCCAACUCUGUUGAUGCUGGAUGAGCCGACAAAUCAUUUGGACUUGAAUGCAGUUAUUUGGCUGGACAACUAUUUGCAGGGCUGGAAGAAGACACUGCUGAUCGUGUCUCACGACCAGAGCUUCUUGGACAAUGUGUGCAACGAAAUCAUCCAUCUGGACCAGAAGAAGCUACAUUACUACAAGGGCAACUAUUCCAUGUUCAAAAAAAUGUACGUGCAGAAGCGACGUGAGAUGAUCAAGGAAUAUGAGAAGCAAGAGAAACGACUACGUGAACUUAAGGCGCACGGCCAAUCGAAGAAGGCGGCCGAGAAGAAGCAGAAGGAAUCACUUACCCGAAAACAGGAAAAGAACAAAAGCAAGCAACAGAAACAGGACGAGGACGAUGGUCCGCAAGAGCUGCUGGCCCGACCCAAGGAAUAUAUUGUCAAGUUCCGUUUCCCCGAGCCCUCACAGCUCCAGCCGCCGAUUCUGGGCAUUCACAAUGUUACGUUCGCCUACGAGGGCCAGAAGCCCUUGUUCGUCAAAGUCGAUUUCGGCAUUGAUUUAACCAGUCGCGUGGCCAUUGUGGGUCCCAACGGUGUCGGCAAAUCCACAUUUCUCAAGCUACUGCUCGGCGAACUGGAGCCGCAGGAGGGCGAGCAGCGCAAGAAUCAUCGCUUGCAUGUGGGACGCUUUGAUCAGCAUUCGGGUGAGCAUUUGACAGCGGAGGAAUCGGCGGCUGAAUAUCUGCAGCGUCUGUUCAAUUUACCACAUGAGAAGGCUCGCAAGGCGCUUGGUUCCUUUGGCCUGGUCAGCCAUGCGCACACCAUCAAAAUGAAGGAUCUUUCUGGCGGCCAGAAGGCGCGUGUCGCUCUCGCCGAACUGUGCCUUAGUGCGCCCGACGUGCUCAUUCUGGAUGAGCCUACCAACAAUCUAGAUAUCGAAUCGAUCGAUGCCUUGGCCGAGGCCAUCAAUGAGUACGAGGGCGGCGUCAUCAUUGUCUCCCACGACGAGCGUCUCAUACGCGAAACGGGUUGCACCCUCUAUGUCAUUGAAGAUCAGACAAUUAACGAGAUCGAAGGCGACUUUGACGACUAUCGCAAGGAGGUGCUCGACUCCCUCGGCGAAGUGGUGAACAAUCCGAGCGUGGUAGCUAAUGCGGCUGUGCAGCAAUAGCCGCGACCAUUUGAAUUUGUCUCCUUUUAUUUCGGCUGUUGCAAGUUAAUUCACUAGAUAGCCUUUUUAUAUAUUUAUGUGUGUGGGGCGAACAGAUCCCAAUAAAGCAAACACGAAAUGUUGAAUUUUUUGCAAAA